AAUCCAUCGAGACAAGAUGGAAUUCAAAUUAUGAAAUGCUGGAUUCCAUACUGCAACAACAUGAGGAGAUCUCCACAAUACUGCUUAAAAAUAACCAGUAUGAAAGAAUUGCGCAGAUCAAUGCAAACACUUUAAAAACAGUAGUUGCGUUCCUUAAGUUAUUCAAGGAAGCUACUAAUGACUUAGAGUCCGACAACUCCACUCCCAGCGCAUCACUUCCACUGCCGUGGUCCGUGAAACUCAUUGAACACUGCCAAGCAGCAAUGCUCGAGCCCUUGCUCUCUGGAGUCGCCGAUGUGUGUGCCUCGCGUCUGGAAGAACUGAUGGGCACCAGUAACACAUCUGCAUUACCUCUCCACAUGAUGUACAGGAUUGCAACACUCCUGACUCCUAAAAUGCGAAUGCUACGGAUGCUGCCCCCAGAUGAAAAAGACGACGUGGUUAAAGGCGCAAAGGAAAUUAUUCAGAAGAUGCAGUUUCAUCUGGGCCCAGCCACAGCAGAGGAUGAGCCACCACCAGCCAAAAAGCAAAGCACCACAGACCGAUUCGCAGACUGGGAAGACGAUGCGUCCGUUGCUUCAGUCACAGUGCCAAAGCCGAUCGAUGAUGAAAUGGCUGAAUAUCUCAGCUCCCGUCUCUCUGAUAACCCAGACCCAGACAGCGUGCUUCAAUGGUGGAAGUUCAACAAAGAGCGCUUCCCAGCGCUAUCAAAGCUGUCACGUUUCAUCUUUAGUAUCCCCGCAUCCAGUGCGCCUUCAGAGCGGGCCUUUAGUGUCUGCGGGCGCAUCUUGGAAGAGAGACGCACGGGAUUGGGACCGCAGUCGAUCAGCAACAUUCUCUUCCUCCACAGCAAUAUUGCAAAGUGAUUUAUUUGUUAAAUUCAUUCGUUAACGUUGUUUAUUUUAUGUUAUUUAUUAGUGUUGUUUUUUGAGCACAGCCUCUCGUUGCCAUUUGUAAAUUAGGUCAAGAGGCGUGAUGAUGCCAGUGUUAUUGAG